AUGGCAGCUUUGGCACUUUCAUGCCCCUCUAACUCGUUGUCCAGAUCUUCCUUCUCCCCAAUUGCUACUAAAUCAUCAGUAGUCGUUGUUCCUCGACUCAGGGUCUCAGCCUCCGUUGCCGCCGCCGCCGCUCCGGCGAAGACCACGAUGUACGACCUUCUCUCGGUGUCCCGGACCGCCGGGUCCAGCGAGAUCCGCACGGCGUACCGACGGGUGGCCCUUCGGUGGCACCCGGACGCAUGCCGCUCCGCCAAGGAGGAGCGCCGCUACGUGGAGCGCUUCAUGGAGGCGCGGGAGGCCUACGAGGUGCUCUCCGACCCCGUCCGCCGCCGCUACUAUUCUUCUUUCAAUAGUCCCUCGAACAUCAAUCGACUGAUCUCAUCAGUAAAUAGAACACGCGAGUCUCAUUCGCUUCUAUUCUUCUUUAAAUAG